AUGACUGUCACCUACACGGCCAGGGUUGCAAACGCCCGUUUCUGUGGCUUCUCCAAGCUGCUUUUGGCCUGGAAAGGCAGCAUCUACAAGGUGUUGUACAAAGAGUUCCUGGCUUUCUUUGCCAUGUACACCGCCAUCAGCAUCACAUACAGAUUUGGCCUGUAUGAUUAUCAGAAGAGGUAUUUUGAAAAGUUGGCAAUUUAUUGCAACCACUACGCCAGUCUCAUCCCCAUGUCCUUCGUCCUGGGUUUCUACGUCACCCUGGUGGUGAACCGCUGGUGGAGCCAGUACACCAGCAUCCCGCUCCCGGACCGGCUCAUGUGCGUCCUGUCGGGGGGCCUCCAGGGGACCGAUGAGCGCGGCCGCCUGCUGAGGAGAACCAUGAUGCGCUACGCCAGCCUGUCGGCGCUGCUCAUCCUGCGCUCCGUCAGCACCGCCGUGUUCAAGAGGUUCCCCACCAUGGACCACGUGGUGGAGGCGGGAUUCAUGUCGAGAGAGGAGCGCAAGAAGUUUGAGGGUCUCUACUCUCCAUAUAAUAAAUACUGGAUCCCCUGCGUGUGGUUCACCAACCUGGCGGCUGUGGCCCGAUGCGAGGGCAGGAUCAAAGACGAUCACACACUCAAACUACUGCUGGAGGAGCUGAAUGCAUUCAGGGGGAAGUGCAGCAUGCUGUUUCAUUACGACAUGAUCAGCGUUCCCCUCGUCUACACUCAGGUGGUGACUUUGGCCGUGUACAGUUUCUUCCUGGUGUGUCUGAUUGGUCGCCAGUUCCUGGACCCCAGCCAAGGCUAUCCGGGUCAUGACCUCGACCUCUACGUACCCAUCUUCACCCUGCUGCAGUUCUUCUUCUACGCCGGCUGGCUCAAGGUUGCCGAGCAGCUGAUCAACCCGUUUGGAGAAGACGACGAUGACUUUGAGACCAACUGGCUAAUAGACAGAAAUUUCCAGGUGUCCAUGAUGGCGGUGGACGAGAUGUGUGGCGAUCUGCCGAUGAUGGAGAGAGAUCGCUACUGGAACGACUCCAACCCCAGACCCCCCUACACCGCCGCCACUCUCUUUGUCCUCCGCAAACCCUCCUUCCAGGGGUCCACUUUCGACAUGGCGAUCCCUAAAGAGGAGAUGCACUUCCAGCCUCUGGAGAACAUUGCUGAGAACCAGGAGGAGUCAGGCGGUCAUCACCCCAACAUGGCCCUCUUCAACCGCCUGCUCAACGUGGCUCCUUCCCCCAGCGGCUUCAUGGGGGGGGCCCUUCGCCGCACCUCAGCGCAACUCCAGAGGCUACGCCGCUCUCCCAGCAUCGACCUGUGCACCAGCGAUGACGAAAGUGGCAAAAUAGGCAAAGGUGGGUCUCUGCCCUCGGGGCUGGGCCAGGAUACGCAGAGCACCGUGUGCAGUUUCAGGGAGGAGAAGAGCGCCAGAACGCUCCUUCUGGAGGUUCAAUUUGGAGCGGAGCAGCAGGAGAGGCGAGGAGGAGGGUACCCUGCCGCCAACGAGAAGAAGGGAGUGAGAGCAUCGGAGGGGAUGAGUGCGGAAGAGUGGCGGAGGAGAGAGGAAAGAGGGAGAGGAGAAAGCACAUGGGGGGAGACCCACGCUCCUGCCUCGCUGCUCCCUCCUCCCCCCCAGUCCUCAAAACAGACUUCCACCCAAUCGGCCUCCUCCGUUUCCUUCCCCUCCUGUCACCCCUCGGCCUUCCUGUUUCACCCGCCUGCCCACUCCAGUCUGGAGCACUGCAGCUCCCAGCCGGCCAUCAACCAGAGCAGAGCCGCCGUGCCCGCUAUUCCCAAACCGCCCUCUGGCAGAAACAAGAUGUCCUUCCUCACCGUGCCGUCUUACGACGAGCCUCAGCGCUUUCGCAGCGUGAGCAUGGGGUCGGAGCUCACGGGGUCUUAGGUGGACGAUGGGUCGUGAUAUUCCCAUGAACCUUUGGCUGUAUGACAUGAGACGUUGAUACACAACUGUGCUGCCACUUUUACUUUGAUCUGCAGCACUUUUAGUGAAGACUUAACAAACAUCCCUGCUAGAAAAACUAGCAUAGACCAGCAUAAACCAGAAUAGACCAGCAUAGACCAGAAUAGACCAGCAUAGACCAGCAUAGACCAGCAUGAACCAGCAUAGACCAGCAUAAACCAGCAUAGACCAGCAUCGACCAGAAUAGACCAGCAUAGACCAGCAUAGACCAGCAUAGACCAGCAUGAACCAGCAUAGACCAGCAUAAACUAGCAUAGACCAGCAUCGACCAGCAUAGACCAGCAUAGACCAUCAUAGACCAGCAUAGACCAGCAUGAACCAGCAUAGACCAGCAUAAACCAGCAUAGACCAGCAUAAACCAGUAUAGACCAGAAUAGACCAGCAUAGACCAGCAUAGACCGGCAUAGACCAGCAUAAACCAGCAUAGACCAGCAUAGACCAGCAUAGACCAGCAUAAACCAGCAUAGACCAGCAAAGACCAGCAUAAACCAGCAUAGACUAGCAUAAACCAGCAUAGACCAGCAUAGACCAGCAUAGACCAGCAUGAACCAGCAUAGACCAGCAAAGACCAGCAUAAACCAGCAUAGACCAGCAAAGACCAGCAUAAACCAGUAUAGACCAGAAUAGACCAGCAUAGACCAGCAUAGACCAGCAUAAACCACCAUAGACCAGCAUAAACCACCAUAGACCAGCAUAGACCAGCAUAUACCAGCAUAGACCAGCAUAAACCAGCAUAAACCAGCAUAGAAAUGCUGGUCUAUGGUGUUUUUUUCAAGCAGGGAUGUUAAAGAAAGCAACAGCUCCCCCAUAUUUCCAAAUACUACUAUAUUAUAUAUUUUAAUUAUUAGGCUACCCUCCUUUUUAACUGAUGGUGUCUGAAAGUUAAACGUGAACCUAACUGUGUUUCUGGGACCUGGGAGGAAAGUUUUUUGGUAUUUAAAAGGUACAUUUUGGGAAGAUUUGUGCUUUUACAGCGUCUGUGGGAAGAAGAAAAAUAUGUAUCUCUGUAUAUUUAAUUGAGAUGUUUUUGCUAAAAUGGGCUAAACUAGUUUGAUCACGUUUAGCCUAGCUUAGCCCCACGACAAGAGGCAGAGGGAGUUUGGCCUCCAUCGGAAAAUAUAAAUAUAAAGUUUCUUUACAUGUUGUAUCUUAGUAUCUAGCAAACUACGCACAAGGCAUCCUCAUUAGUUCGGUGUUGUCUUAUAAGCCGAUAACUUCACCAUGAGAGAGGACUUUGGAGGUGCCAGUUGGCAGUUAGCUUAAUAAUUAAGCUAGCUUCGAAAUAAUUUAACCAGCUGCUCCGUUUUUUCCCUAUGAUUAUUAAAUACAGUAACUCCAACACAGUGAGACAGCUUUGGGGUUGUUUAAAGAAACCGUUGGCAGAGCUAAACUGGAUAUUUCCCUCUUCUUUUAGACUAUGUGCUAAUCUAGGCUAAACAUGGCAACGCUACAUGUGUAGGCCUACAAAGGAGAGGAGUCCCAUGUCCAGAGUUUUCCAGUUGUCUGCAUAUUAUAUUGAAGAAUAUAAAUGUAUUACUAAAGUAUUUACGAGUAUUUUAGCUUUAACCAACAUUUUGCUGAAAGAAGAUGGUGCUAAAACAGAUCAAAUGAGCGACAGUUUUCUUUCUUCACUUUAUUUUUCUUUUAUUGGCUCAUAAAAUACACCUGUAAAUAAAAUGAUUUUUAAUGAAUUACCUGUUGUAUUUUCACACUAAAUUUAAAUAACUUGAAUAAAACAAAUGAGAUAACACAAACAA